UGAUAAAAACUAAACUAGACUAUGCGUUUUAUAGGCAUUUUUUUACACAUUUUCAUAUAGAAAUAGAAAAAAAGAACUAAUAACACUCUUUGUAAUUUAUAAUCAGUAAUUCUAUUUUCAUUUCAAGCCUCUCUAGUUUCUAUCUUUAACCUCCCACUAUAGCCACCAUUCCUAACUUCACACAGCUGACAUUCAUUUUCAUCUCAAGCCUUCAUCAUCAUCUUCUUAGUCUAAAAGCGGGUUUGCUAGGCAUUCAUCAUCUUUCUCGUUGGAUUCGAACGGGUUUGAAGAACUAGUCAUCUCACUAACGCUCAUCUCAAGAAGUUCUUCAUAGACUGGGAAGUAGUUGAAUUUGAACAACUGGUCAUACGUUUGUGAACCUGUCUUAAGUUUAUUUUAAUGAUUAAAUUAAACCCGUCAUAAGUUAUUGGUUGUUGGGUUCUAUAUAUUAAUUUGUGAAUUUCUUUUUUGUUGAAAGUUAAAAAUAAAAAUCUCAUUUCAAAAUUUGAAUACUAUAUUUUGACAAUAGUUGGUUUUUCUAUUAUUAUGGUGUUUGCUAUAGUUAAUCUAGUGCUAAUUAAUGGUUGCGUAAAACUAUUGUAUCCUAAAUAAAACUCAUCCAAUUUCUAUAUUUAAAAUAAAUAUGCAGUUUUUGAAGGAGUUGAAAGAAUUCAAUAAAUUUGAGAAAACGCCCUCAAGUUUCUUUUUUUUUUUUUUUUUUUAACAAAUGUAACUAGCCUGAAAAUAAUAGAAACCAUUCGAGCUCAUGCAUCUCAGAAGCAGCAAGAAACUGGAUCAUGCGUCUGAUGUAUGAAUCUGAUGUAUGAAUGCUUAGAAGCUGAAGUUUACUUUUGGGAUUGAUGCUCCAGUUUAAUCUUAAGAUUAGAUGGAUUAAUUUACAUGAACUUUUCAUGGAAAAAUAUCUAUUCAUAAGAGUGCUGUUCCUCCGAUUGGUUGAUUUAUAUUGAGGCUUAUGUCUAAAAAUUAUAUGCAUGCAGAAAGGAGAUAGCACAAUUGAACUGAAAAAAGCUGCAGCAAAAGGUCGCAAGGCUGAACAGAAAGCUAAACAGAAGCAGGUUGAAGAGCAAAUCUCUCAACUUUCUGCUAAGCUAAAAGAAAAGCAUGCUGAGGAACUUGCUUCUUUAGGUUAUAACAGCGUUAAUGGAAAUGAGAAAAGCAAUCUCGACAAUUUGGUGAUGGCCAUAGCUGGUGUUUCAGUUGCCAACCCGGAACAUGCAAAGGUCAGCAAGGGUGCAAAGAGAAGGGGAAAAAGAGCUCAGCAAGAAGCAGAAAGGGAGCAAAGAAUUCAAGAAGAGCAGAGCAACCUUGUAAGGUUGAUUGAAAAUGAGAAAUUGAAAGGAAAGCUUGAACCCCUUGGAUUGACUGUUAAUAAUGAAAAAAAGCCAGAUGGGCACUGCCUUUACCGAGCCAUUGAAGAUCAGCAAGUCCUUUCUGGAGGUUCUUCUCCCUAUACUUACCAAGACCUUCGUAAAUUGGUGGCUGCUUAUAUGAGAGCACAUGCAUCAGCUUUCCUUCCCUUCUUCCUAUCGGAUAACGCAACAGAAGGAGAUUCUGAUGAUUCACUAACAGAAAGAUUUCAGAAUUACUGUAAAGAAGUUGAAUCGACUUCAGUAUGGGGUGGACAAUUAGAGCUUGGAGCUUUAACUCACUGCCUCACGAAACAUAUCAAGAUAUUUUCGGAUGGAUCCUUUCCUGAUGUUGAGAAGGGGAAGGAGUACAAAAAUGAUGAAGGAGCUGGCUCGUCCAGCAGAAGUAUUUUGUUAUCAUAUCAUAAACAUGCAUUUGCGCUGGGAGAGCACUACAACUCUGUGGUGCCAAAUUUGAUCAUGUAG